CCCCGCCAUUUUGAGUGAGGGCCGCAAUGCCGGCUAGUGGGUUUAAAGCGCCUGAGCUGAAGCACUAGGGUGUUGCUCGCUUGAAACAAGCAGACAAAUAAAAAAAGGACAUGUGUGAGGUGUGGGCUAUGGGGAAGUGCUGUGGCUUACUCCUGUCCCACCAAAAAUGGCGGAGUUGGGGCGGGGAGUAACGUCUUUCUCCCGCGCUUAGCUGGUAUCCGGGCCGAUUGGUUGACGUCAUUGGUAGGCGCUGGGGGAGGACGGCGCAUGGUGGUGAUGUGACGCUGGGACACAUCACAGUGUGUGGCUGAGCUCGGAGAGCGGUCUCCGGGGCUGAGGUCGAAGCUGGUGAGCGCGGCCGGGGAGGACUGAAGCAAGACAAUUGAGUUGCAAAGUUGUAGUAAUGGGAAGAAGCUACUUUGUGGAAGAAACUGUUGGACAGUAUCUUUCAGACCUCAGCACCAAGCCAAAGGUUUAUGCCACUGGCCUGCUGAUAGGACAGUGCUCCCCACAAAGAGAUUAUGUGAUUUUGGCUGUUAGAACACCUCCAAAAGAAGAACAAAAUGAAACCUACUGUCCUACAAAAUUGACUGAUAUUGAUGAAGAAUGGGUGACAACACAUGCUAGUCAGGUGUCUAGAAUGCUCCCAGGAGGAUUGUUAGUUCUUGGGGUAUUUAUUAUUGCAACUCCAGAGCUGGCAAAGGACACCCAAAAUGCUUUGCGCAAGCUAGUUUUUUCAGUACAGAAGUCUGUGACUAAAAAGAGGCUCUGGAAUUUUGCUGGGGAGGAGGUCCUGGACAGAGUGGCUCUUCAAGUUUGCUCUACUACAAAAAAACUAGUUUGUCGAACCUAUGAUGUACAAGAUGCAAAGAGUUCAGCUAAACCAGCAGAUUGGAAAUACCAAAGUGAUGUUUCUGCUUUCUGGCUAUCUUUGAACUGCACAGUUAAUGUUAAUAUCCAUAUUCCACUUCCUGCAACAUCAGCUAACCAUGAAUUAGAGAAAAAUACAAGGAAUGGGUUAACUCGGUGGGCAAAACAGAUAGAGGAAGGUGUUUUUCUGAUUAAUGGGCAAAUUAAAGAAGAGGAUGCAGAGUUAUUGGAAGGACAAAAAAAGUCAAGGGGAAAUAGUCAACCCAGUAUUCAAGCCUUUGAUGUCAAGGUUCUGACACAGCUGUCCCAGAGUUCAAGUCACAGAUCCACAGCUACUGUCCAGGUCUGCAGAGGCUCCAUAAAUCUUAAAGGUGCUAUCAAAUGUAGAGCUUACAUUCAUAAUAACAAACCAAGAGUUAAAGAUGCAAUCCAGGCUUUGAGACGAGAUAUAAUAAACACGCUCUCAGACCGUUGUGAAAUAUUGUUUGAAGACCUGCUUAUAAAUGAAGCACCUGGCAAAAAAAAUCUCAAGAGGGAGUAUCAUGCCUUGCCUCAGAGAGUGUUUGCCCCCAUUGCUGGAUCCAGUGUGACACUAUGUGAUUAUAAAUUUGGAGAUGAGUCAGCUGGGGAAAUCCAAGAGCGAUUUGUUGAGAUGCUGGAUCAAGCUGUGCAUGCUGAGGAUAUACAUGUAGCAGAGGAAAUGAACAUGGUUGAUAUUAAUCCAAUUAUGGACAACACGGAUGAUGCACAGCAGAAGAAGCUAGCAAAAGCAACAGUGUUGUUAAAACUUCAACAAAACUUGGGUGUGGUAAUGGGGACUGUAAUCGCAGUCAUUGCAGUUGCCUUCUCUUUUAGCUACUUCAGUGACUAGACUCCAAGCAAAAGCAGAAGUCUGAUCCUCAUGG